AUGGCAUCCAACGACAGAAAACCUGGUGUUUCGUCGCUGACAAAGCUCAUCAACGAGCAGAAGGAACAGCCGUCGGUGUCAAACGGCGUCAGAAUCAAUGCCACAGAGAUUCAUCCAAGCGAAAGCGACCACCAAAAGACCAUAACAACCACCAUUUCUCUGGAGGGCCUUUCUACCGAAACCUCAUACACGCCGGAUUAUCCUGAAUCGACGUCGCAAGUCCAGGUCUCUCCAAAACCAAUAGUAUCAUCAUCGCAUCACUCCUUUGCAAAUAGACCCGAGAAUCUACAACUAAACACUGGCGGGUUGCCCGGAUCUCUGGCAAAUGCUAUUCCAUACAGUGCGCCCGGCGGACGCACCUCUGCAUUAUCAUCGUCUGCGGCCACUCCGACCUCGAGUUUCGUUGGCUCGCCGGUCGUGAAUUUGGCUAAUGGUCAAUUGAUUUCGGCAACUCACAUCUCGUCACCUGCAAUUUCGUCACCAAAGCAGCUUGAGCCUCGAUUUAUCAUUUCCAAACAAAAGGUCCAGCAGGUUCAGGAGGCCCGUGCAGCCGCCGUUGCUGCGUCCAACCCGUUAAGCUCCUCCAGGUCCAACACGUCGCUGGUGAAUUUCUUCUCCAAGUCCAGAAGAAGCACCGCCGCAACAUUAGACCAGUUCUCUUCUUCUCCCCAGCAAGAUGUCACCGGACAAUCUCCUUCGUCACAGUCCAGCACUGAAAGUAUUUCCACCACUGCGAACACGCCGGGCUCCCGCCACUCGUCCAUGGCCGACCUCAGACGGUUUUUCCGCAAAUCUGCAUCUUUGAACAACAACGGCCAAAUGAGCGUGCCGAGAACCUCCAAUUUGAGUGCCGGUCUCAGUGUGCAGAGACAGGGCUCCAUCUCGUCGAUUCCUCAGAUGACUACAGCCACUCCUUCAUCCAGCGUGACUUUCAACGCUCCAACAUUUGGUGGCUCCGAAACGAUUCCAUCAUCUCCAUUACCAGAUUACAGCACUUCUCCGUUGGAUUUCAGCAAAAGAGUUUCUUCAUCUCCAAGCUUGUCCAGCCCUGCAACCUCCUACUUGAACAGCGUUCCUGGAACGCUGUCUAUUGGAGGCAAUACUACUCCUCAGAUCCCAUUCAGCAAGAGAUACAGCAAGUUUGGAGAGAGUUUGGGAGCAGGGGCUGGAGGACAGGUCCGACUCGUCAAGAGAAUAUCCGACUCCAAGGUCUUUGCUGUGAAAGAGUUCCGGGCCAAGUACCAACACGAAUCGCGCAGAGAAUACACCAAGAAAAUCACCAGCGAAUACUGUAUCGGUUCUGCUUUGAAACAUCCAAACAUUAUAGAGACUAUUGAGAUUUCGUACGAGAACGAGAGAAUCGUCCAGGUGAUGGAGUACUGCGACUUCGAUUUGUUUGCCAUUGUGAUGUCCAACAAGAUGAGUCCCGAGGAGGUGAACUGCUGUUUCAAGCAGAUCCUGAACGGUAUUAGAUACAUUCAUUCGAUCGGUUUGGCACACAGAGACCUGAAGCUGGACAACUGUGUGAUCUCGAAGGAGGGAAUUGUCAAGAUCAUCGACUUUGGAUCUGCUGUCGUGUUUCAGUAUCCGUUCUCCAACACGUUAAUCGAAGCUCAGGGAAUUGUUGGAUCUGACCCGUAUUUGGCUCCGGAAGUCUGUGUGUUCAACAAGUACGACCCCAGACCGGUGGAUAUCUGGUCCACGGCCAUCAUCUACUGCUGUAUGAUGCUCAAGAAGUUCCCAUGGAAGGUUCCGAAACUAUCUGAUCCGAGCUUCAAGCUGUUUGCUUCCAGAGAGCCGGGAGUCACUUUUGGUAAUUUGCUAAGACGGGUUCCAGAGCCGCCAAAUUACUCCGACCUGGACGCCCAUCCAGAAGAAAAGGACAAGGGACGACACCAAGAGGAACUGAACUCGGUGCCGCAGCCCGACGAGAUACCAACGCCGCCUCCUUCCACCUCGAACUCCAACGAGGCCUCCGAGGGAGACGAUCCAUUGAAGCACACCUCGAACCUGAUGGGCGAGCAGCGGCUGUUGAACGCGCUGCAGCCGGAUUGCCGUCCGCUGAUCGGUAAGAUGGUGUCGCUUGCUCCCGCGUGUCGUAUUUCGAUCGACGAGUGUUUCAACGACCCGUGGUUGCAGUCUGUUCAGAUGUGCACCAAGGUGCCGGAAGGACCGUCGUACAAGCUUGUUCCGUGCCUGGACCACGAGCACACGCAGGUGGAGCAGAGCAUGGCACACAUUGCCAUGUUGGAGAGGAAGAAGAAGGGCCGCAAAUAA